UGGAGUCAUGACUUCCUGUUCAGGGGUUCUUUGCCUUCAACAAAGAUGGUGCUUAUGGUACAGGUUCCCUGACAGUUUGGAUUCCGGUUGCAGUUUUUUCCCCCCCUAAGAUACGUGUUUGCAGACGGGGAAAUGGAGGCUAGAGACAAGCAAGUGCUUCGCUCCCUUCGCCUGGAGUUGGGUGCAGAGGUACUGGUGGAGGGGCUAGUCCUCCAGUAUCUUUAUCAGGAAGGGGUCUUGACAGAAAGCCACGUUCAAGAAAUUAAAGCUCAAGCCACAGGCCUCCGGAAAACAAUGCUACUGCUGGAUAUCCUCCCUUCCAGAGGUCCUAAAGCCUUCGAUGCAUUCCUAGAUUCCCUGCAGGAAUUCCCUUGGGUAAGGGAGAAGCUGGAGAAGGCAAGAGAAGAAGCCGUAGUUGAACUGCCUGCAGAUGACCGGAUGACUGGAGUCCCCCCGCACAUCCUGCACAGCUCCCCGUCCGACCGGCAGAUCAACCAGCUGGCCCUGAGGCUGGGCCCCGAGUGGGAGCCUCUGGUGCUGUCUCUGGGGCUCUCCCAGACAGACGUCUACCGCUGUAAGGCCAACCACCCCCACAAUGUGCAGUCCCAGGUGGUGGAGGCCUUUGUGCGCUGGAGGCAGCGCUUCGGGAAGGAGGCCACCUUCCAGAGCCUGCACAGGGGCCUGCAGGCCGUGGACGUGGACCCCUCGGUGCUCCAGCACAUGUUGGAAUGACUGGCCCUCGACCAUGCUUGGGGCUAGUCACGUGGGCUGAAUCGUGACUCACCAGGGCAGGUAGAUUUGGUUGGGGUUGUUGUUUGUCGUGGUGAGUUUUAGAUGAGAGGACAUGAUGGAAUUUGCAGUGAUUUUUAGAUGAGAGGACAUAUUGGAAUUUGCACUUGACGUUACUUGAAAAGUGGAAUUACACAGUAGGUUUGCCAAAAUGAAUUGACAAUUGACUUUCUAAUUGCUCAAAUACUGCAUUUUCUGAAUUGUGCAGGUUUUAAUUGUGUGGUUGCCUUUUAAUAGACUGGUGAGUCCUACUGAUUCAAAAAAAAAAAAAAAUACAGGUGUUCUGUAUAUAAAUCAUCCACUUUUAUGUUGUCUGGGAAUUACACAGUGUACUUAACUAUUAAUCAUGAUAAUAAUAAAAACAAAUUGCUCUA